GGACGGCACCUCCGAGCUGGGCUAUUUGAGCACAGUCCUGUGCUUCUUUCUGAGGAGAGCUCCAGACCCUCUUCCCAUGCAGAUGUUUAACUGCUGCUUAAAAAUCCAGGGCUGCACGGCACUGACCUCUGUUUGGCUACGUGUUGGGAUUCCUGACAACGUGGCCUCCUGUGGGAUGCUUCCCCUCAGGAGGCACGAAGGAGGGAGCCGAGUCUCCACCUCCCCAGCCUGUUUCUUCAAGCCCCAGUGCCAGGCUUGCAGUGGGGAAGAGGGACAGGGGCUGAGCUCCUACUCCUCCCUCCAUUCCUGCACCAAGAGAGAAGGAGAUCUGCAGCCCCCGCUGCCAGCCUGGCACCUGCGCUGCCUGCAGGUAAGAGCCAAGCAGAAUCCUGCCCUGGAUAACGGUGCUCAAUCCACCGGGGGUGCCCACAAGCUAAGACCCUCUGUAAAGCCAUGAUUGUGGCUGAGCACAGAGAGAAGGGGCACACGGGGUCAUCACGGGGCUGACAGGCUGCAGUGUGGUGCAGUGCAUCCGUCCUUCCUGGGAGAGUGAGUGCUCAUCACCUCCUCAUCGGUGUGCAAGGGAGAUGCUUGCCUGGGCAGGCGGCAGAGUCCUGCUGAAGGUCAGUGAACACCUCUUCCUCCUGCAGCCGGCGGGUCAAAAGCAGCAGGAGGAGACAUUGACUUGGAGGAAGUUUUAAAGGUAUUUUCCUCACCCUUUCUUGCUGCGUCUUGUCUGAUCCGGGAUUGCACUGACUUGUGGUUAACGACGCAUUAAAAACUCAAGCAGUGCAAAAUGUCCAGCGAACGGGACAGAGCUGGGAGCCGACAGUGCAGGUGCGGUCCUGUGUUAAAGCCUGGGUCAGACCUUGUUUGAAGAAGCCAGGGUAAUAUCCCACUGUUCUCACUGAGAUCAAGACCACCCCACACAUGCCAUCCGUGUUAGGGGGGCACCUUGAAACAACACAGCUCUAGGAAGGUAUCCCUACAGUUCCAAGGCCAUCACAUCAAAUGGCAUCUCCCCCAAUUUCCAGCACCACCAAUGUCUCUAGGCAUCCCCGGAGCUGCACCUCCUGGAGCACGAGCACCCCUGGAGCAGUACGGGUCACACCCUCUGAAGGUAAAAGACUGAUGUGAUCAGACAUCGCAAGAAAUGUCUGUCCCCAUCUAGGAGAAAAAGACACAUACGUGAAUGGUGGACAUCCAGAGGCAGGUGAGACAAGUUUCCCCUUAAGAUACAGCUCGGUUGACUCUCCUAGAGUCCUGUGGGAGUGCUGAACAUGCUGCUCUUCCCUUAACCAUGCCCAGAUCUGCUAAUGAGAUGAAAGACGCUUUCAUUACAGCUCAGGAUAAAUCAGGCGACUACCCUUGUCCUCUCCAUCAAGACCCAUGGUUAGCUACAAGUGGGUGCAGAUCCUAGGAGAGAACAAGGUCAAAACAUCUCGGGAGAGAGCGGGAGGGAGGGUGAGCUGUCUGCCUGAGGUGUCUGCAGGUAGGUUCAUCCCUCUCAGUCCAUGCAAAGCCCUUGGAGCUGCAGCCCAUGGUGGCCAGGGUUCAAUUCUGCUCCUCCCUGGAUGAAUGCCAGUAAGAAAUCCUCACUUCUCCCUUGUGUGCAGUGUGCCCUAAGCCUGCUGAGGAACUAAUGCCACUUCUGUUCUCUUCUUUCUUUUCCAGCUGCAAUCAGUGCUGCUGCACACCGAUAGGCCAGUGUACUCCUUUAGCUAAUGCAGCACAACCCUUGAAGGCAAGCAGCAGUGGAGAACAAAAAGGCAUGCUGUGCUCGGCAUAGGACUGAGAGUGCAGAGAGAAAGGGGAAUGCUCAAAAUCUUCACCACUGCCGUCCUCACACCAAGAUACAGCUGCUGCUGUUAAAAUAUUGCUCUUCUUGUGCUCUUCUCAGACAAAGCACAAAUGAGAAGGGAGAAUCAAACCGUUCCACCAGGGUUUGUUUUUAUUGGGUUUUCCUACUUUCCUAAACUCCAGGCUGUGCUGUUUGUGCUGUUUCUCCUCAUGCACGUGGUGACCCUAGUUGGAAAUAUUAUGAUAAUGUUUGUUAUCAGGCUGAAUCAGCAGCUGCACAUGCCCAUGUAUUUUUUCCUAAGUGCUCUGUCCUUCUCAGAAAUCUGUUAUACCUUCUCCAUCAUCCCAAAGAUGCUGUCCGGAUUAGUGCUGGGAACUAGAACCAUUUCUUUCCUGGGCUGCGCUGCACAGAUGCAUUUCUCCUUCAUGUUUGGAUUCACGCACUCUUUCCUCCUGACGGUGAUGGGAUAUGACCGGUACGUGGCGAUCUGUCAGCCCUUGCAUUACAGCACCGUGAUGACCUCCCGAGCCUGCACCCAGCUGGUGGCUGCCUCAUGGGCAGGGGGUGGUCUCCUGGGGCUGCUGGUGACCAGCGCUGUGUUCCAGUUACCGUUCUGCCAGUCCCACCGCAUUGACCACUUCUUCUGCCAUGUGCCCCCCAUACUCCAGCUGGCUUGUGCUGGUGGCGAGGUGGUUGGCACUGUAGUUGGCAUCUUUUGCAUUACUGCCUUGUUGGGAUGCUUUCUGUUCAUCCUUCUCUCCUACGCCUUUAUCCUUGGCUGGAUCCUGCAGAUGCCAUCAGCCAAGGGGAGGCACAAAGCUUUCUCCACCUGUGCCUCCCACAUCACCGUAGUGGUGGUGCACUAUGGCUGUGCCUCUGUCAUCUAUUUGAAACACCAGUCACCCCGUGCUGCAGGAGCUAGUGUUCUGAUUGAUGUGUCUUACACUGUCUUCACCCCCUUCCUGAGCCCCAUCAUUUUUAGUCUGCGAAACAAAGAUUUAAAAAAUGCCUUUUGGAAAUCUCUGAAGAAAAGCUUCAUCAUCAGGAAUGCAAAUAUUUGUCCAGGAUCUAGUUUCAGUUACAGGAGUGAUUAUUGCUAAUUUUUAUUUAUUUAUUUUCCUUUGGUAGUUCCUUGCUGCUUUCGAAAGAAUAGCCAUACUUUUUUUCCAGGCAAAUGAUUCAUUCCUGCAGAUGUGACACCUUUUGCACUCACUGGGCAUCACAGGCUGCACUGCAAGGCUUGGCUGGAGCACCUAGGUGUAACUUUUAAUGCUGAAAAUUCAGCGUCAUGCAGAAGCAAGAGUGGACAAAGCUCUCAACACUCCCAGGGGAGACACGAGCCACUUCUUGAGGAGCAGCAGGUGACUGUCUGAGACCUGGUGCAGUAGGCUCUUGUCCCCACCAUAGGCACUCUGACUGAUCCUCUAAGUAUGACUUUGUCUCUUCUGGUGCUGACUGUGAAGCUGGCCUGAGAAGGCUUUGGACUGAUUCCCUUUUGUCUUGUUCAGCUUUUGACAAUUUGCAAACUCAUAAGUGCUCGCUUGAAGACAAACACGUUUUACUAUUCUGCUGUUUUGAAAAACUCCCUUCU